UGCAGACACAAUUUAGGAUUUGGUUCUCAUGGUAGAUUAGGUUUAGUUUAGGUGAACUGUAAGAAACGGCGUGUUGCCUGUUUUCUCCUCCCACUUCUUCGCCGCUUCGUUUUGACCCAUUUUUGUCGCUGUGUUGUCCGUCAACCGCUCACAAACACCAGUUUACGGUGCGCUGUUUGCUAAGCCGUAGCUCUUUCGCUGUGCUUUAAAAUAGCGGUUGCUAAUGUGCAGUUUUGUUGUUCAAAAGUUGGGAGGGACGAUGAAAUCAAGAGGAGCACCAUGAGGUUCGCUGUUGCAUUUCUGUAGAAGGGGAAAAAAUAUCACCCUCGAGGUAUCGGGAUAAAAGAUGCCAGGCCUGCAGGGUGACAGUGUUGUGGCGGCGCUGGGGAGCCCCAUCAAGAGGAGUAAACUGUCUCUGAAGUUCCUCCACAAGAAAGAAACUAAACGGGCUCUGGAUUUCUCUGAACCGCAAGCAGAUGAACCCAGGACGGUUGAACCAGAGGAGCCCGAGGCAAGCAGCUGUGAUCAGGUGGUCCCUGGUCCUUCUCCUUGCUCAGCCUCUCCCGGUCUUCUCCUGCCAUGUGAGAGGAGAGAGAACUUGGUACCAUUCGUGGGCCUCAACAACUUGGGCAACACCUGCUAUUUGAACAGUGUCUUACAGGUGCUGUAUUACUGCCCAGGCCUCAGAGGAGGCAUAAAGAAGCUGCACAACCUGUCUAAAAGGAAAGACAAGUCAAAGGAAACUGAUAAAAGUGAAGAGCAGUCAGAAGUUGUGGCCGAGGCUUUGUCAGCUCAGAUCGAGCUCCUCGGGAGCUUCAACAGUCUGAUAACAUCAAUGGAGCAGCUGCAGUCCAGUUUCUUGAUGAACCCCGACAGCUUCAGUGAAGGAGAACUCGCCACUCCACCUCGUAAAUUACUCCACACACUCAGGCAGCUGAACCCCAUGUAUGAAGGCUAUCUUCAGCAUGACGCCCAGGAGGUGCUGCAGUGCAUCCUGGGAUAUAUCCAAGAGGCUUGUGACACCAUCAGGAAGGAGGAGGAUGACCGCAAUACGACUGAGGUUAAAACUGAGAAAGGUGUCCAUUUGGGUUCCAGCGGCUCUGUAGCAGAAUCCAAAACUCCCACAGAAGAGGACGGCCAAGUCAGCGGUAAGAGGAAGAGCGACACCGAAGUGGGAAAUCCCAAGAAGAAGCCAAAAUCUGUGAAGUCCAAGAAAUGCGAAGCAGAGGGAGAAAUUAGAAACAAACCCCUCACACGCUCCAAAAGGAGGUCCUCCAGUGACAUCACAAUAGACAGCACCCAAGACAAAGACAGAGAGGCCGAGGAUGAAGGGGUGAAGAAACUGCAUCAGGAGGAGGAAGGCGGGAGUGACGGUGAGGGGAAAGGUGAGAAGGCAUCUAAGGAGGCAGAUGGGAAAAGAAAGAAGAAGGCAAAGCUCAGCUGGCUGCGGCCUUCUGGGAAACAGCCAAGCAUUUUCUCCAAGUUCCGCAGUGUGGGGAAGAUCAGCUGCAUGACUGUGAAGAACCAAAACAAACCAGAGCAGGAGGACGGACUUACCGAUGACCAGAGUGAGAAGACGAGUGCGGAGAGAUCACCGCAAAACAUGGCUGAAGACAAGAAGGCUGUGAAGCCUCAAGAGGGUCUCGAUCUGAUGGAGCGCUUGUUCCAAGGCCAGCUGGUUCUGAGGACUCGGUGCCUGGAGUGCGAGAGCUUCACAGAGAGGAGAGAAGACUUCCAGGACAUCAGUGUCCCAGUGCUCGAUGAUCAGCCCAGCAGCUCAGACGACCUCUCUGAGGUCUCUCCUGAUCCCAAACCAGAGCUGAAGACCCUGACGUGGGCCAUCGGUCAGUUUGCCUCAGUGGAGCGCAUUGCCGGGGAGGACAAAUACUUCUGUGAGACGUGUCAUCAUUACACAGAGGCUGAGAGAAGUCUGCUGUUUGACAAAACUCCUGAAGUGAUCACCAUUCACCUGAAGCGCUUCUCUGCCAACGGUUUAGAAUUGGACCCAUACGCAGGUCUGUCCAAAGUGAACACUCCAUUGCAGACACCUUUGACCUUGUCUCUGGAGGAGUGGUGCACCCGGCCCUCGUCCGUGAAGGGGCAGUGCUAUCAGCUGUUUGCUGUGGUCAUGCACAGCGGCGUCACCAUCAGCAGCGGCCACUACACCGCCUAUGUCCGCAUGUCUGAUCUGCAAGAUGUGAAACCCUGGCUGCAGGACAGAAAAGGAACAGAGGAGGAAGAGGAGAUGGAAGGUAAGGAGGGAACGCAGGUGAAAGACGAAGUGCUGGACUAUGAUGAUGGAGAGGUGUCUUUCAGCCUGAAUGCAAGGAGAGGUGCGAGUUUGGCAGCAGCUAGUGGCAGCAAAAUAGGAGGCAAGAAGCUGUCAGAGGGUGGGGUUGGACUGUUGGGUGGCCAGAGGAGUUUGUCUAGUUAUGAUCUUGGAAACAGCAGCAGCAGCGCACACACGGAGAAAGCGGCUGGCAGUGGAUUAACAGAAGGGUCCAAACGGAGAAAAACCAUCAGCAGCCUCGGCCAACAUACUGAAGCAGGAGUUAAAAAGGAGCCUGGAGCCGGAGAGGAGUCAUCGAUGACUUCCUGCGGUGAAGUAGACGCCACAGAGCAGCAGGCUUUGAGCAACCUUCUUGAAUAUGAGGGCAAGUGGCUGCUGUUUGAUGACUCUGAGGUGCGUUUGUUUGAGGAGGAGGAUUUCCUGCGUGCUUGCUCUCCGGAGACAUACUCUUCAUCAACACCUUACCUGCUCUUCUACAGAAGGGUGUCCGAAACUGGACACUAACAUGAACACUAGAGCCGUUGCUGACUCGGGCUUCCGUCAGUCAGGCGUUCUGGCAGAUGAGCACCCAGACUGUGGACAAACAGUGCCAAAAUACUGUAGCUGCCAAAUUGGCACCUGAACUGAAGUUACUUUUUCACCCUGAAACCCAGAGGACAACUGUCCAAUUUUACUGUGGGACCAAAGCUCUCAUCUCAGAUCUCAUGCCGGGACAGACAAAUGGGGAUUUGCCUACAUGCCAGGAUGACGUGAGCCUUCUUAAGACACUUCUUAUGCAACUCUUGCCUAUGUAAACUGAGUACAGUGGCCUGUUUUUUUUUAUUUGUUUGUUUCCCCACUCCCCCGUGGACACUGGCUUUGGUACUUUACCUGUCAUUGUCUUUGAAAGGUCCUGUUUUUGCUGUCUUCUCAGUUAUUGAUUUUUGUAUGGCUCCUUUUUACAAUUUGGAGAAGCACUUUUGAACUAAAAUUUGAGUGAAAAUGCAAACUGUUGGAAAAUGCCUUUUAUUUUCUUGUGAUUACUUUCUGUAAUCUAUUAAUUUGCAUUUACAAAAUAAUCUUAGUCACCUAAAAGCCAAAAUAAGAACCAAAUAAGAUGCAAAAAUCCUUUCCGCUUGCAGAGCAGUUCAGAAUAGGCUUAGAUUUAGCUUCAGACGAAAUACACUGCAGAUUCUUCUUUUCUGCAAUAUUUUUUGAAGAAAAGCUUUGGUCCACUUAGCCUGGCGAGUUCUGUUUUGCACUGAGUUGUUUUUACAUAGUAAUUUUUUGAUUUUUUUUUUUUUUUUUUUUUUACUCUGAAGCCUGGAAUUGAUUCAGUCUAUGCAGGCAAAAUCUACUGUGUUGGACAACAUUUAUUAAAAAUGCCAUAUUUUUGCAUAAAACGCACUAAAAUGUUAAGUAUCGAAUCUAUACCAAGCAAACUCUCAAACAGUUAAUGCAGACUGCUGACUUUGUCACUCAGGCAUCAGAAGCUUUUUUCCAGUCGGUGCCAAUUCGUGAUAAUGAUGAGCGUGAAACUUGAACUGCUAUAAACGUAUAUUUUUUCAGUAAGCUAUCAGGUUUUUAUAAGAUACAGUGAGUUAGUCUUGUUCAUCUUCAGAACGAAUUUAGUGUGUAACCCGCAGUUUGCAAGUGCAACUUGCGUAUUCCACUGAUUUGCAGGUGAAAAAUAUAUUGAUCGAGUAAGCCUGUGUUAUUUAAAUCUUCAGUAAAGGUGAUACUGUUCAUCUCAGGUUCUACAGCAGAGUGUAUAUAAAUCCAAUCAUGAUUUCAGGGAUUGAAUCAGUUAUUUUUUUAGCUUUGUGAGUUAACACCAGCCAUGGGCCAUAUUCAAUUGUUUUCACUAUCAAAUCAUAUAGUGCUUACAGAUCUGGUUUAAUAUAACGUGACAGCAGCUCCAGUGUGUUGUGUCUGUCCCUCAUUUCAGCUGUGACUCUGUUCAUGGUUGCAAGUUCCUACUAUAAGCAAUAAACUUUUUACCUUCACACGUC